UUCCUUGUGCCCACCUCCUCUGGCAGCUCGUCCCAUGGAACCAUCACCCUCUGUUGCGGAAGCUAAUAGUAGCAGCUAAUGUACAUCCAGCAAGACCUUACCAGAUUCAGGGACAGUUUCUUCCCAGCUGUUAUCAGGCAAAUGAACCAUCCUUUCACCAACGAGAUAGCGGUCCCAACCUCCCAUCUACCUCAGUGGGGAUUUUGGGACUAUCUUUAAUGCUUACUAUUGUGGGAGCGCAGCGUAGGUUUACAAGGUUAAUUCCCUGGAUGGCGGGAUUGUCAUAUGCUGAGAGAAUGGAGAGGCUGGGCUUGUACACUCUGGAGUUUAGAAGGAUGGGAGGGGAUCUUAUUGAAACAUAUAUGAUUGUUAAGGGUUUGGACACGCUAGAGGCAGGAAACAUGUUCCCGAUGUUGGGGGAGUCCAGAACCAGGGGCCACAGUUUAAGAAUAAGGGGUAAUCCAUUUAGAACGGAGACGAGGAAACACUUUUUCUCACAGAGAGUUGUGAGUCUGUGGAAUUCUCCAUCUCUGAGGGUGGUGGAGGCCGGUUCUCUAGAUACUUUCAAGAGAAAGCUAGAUAGGACUUUUAAAGAUAGCGGAGUCAGGGGAUAUGGGGAGAAACAUAGAAAUUAGGUGCAGGAGUAGGCCAUUCGGUCCUUCGAGCCUGCACCGGCAUUCAAUAUGAUCAUGGCUGAUCAUCCAACUCAGUAUCCCGUACCUACCUUCUCUCCAUACCCUCUGAUCCCCUUAGCCACAAGGGCCACAUCUAACUCCCUCUUAAAUAUAGCCAAUGAACUGGCCUCGACUACCCUCUGUGGCAGAGAGUUCCAGAGAUUCACCACUCUCUGUGUGAAAAAAGUUAUUCUCAUCUCGGUUUUAAACCAUGUCCCCCUUAUCCUUAAGCUGUGACCCCUUGUCCUGGACUUCCCCAACAUCGGGAGCAAUCUUCCUGCAUCUAGCCUGUCCAACCCCUUAAGAAUUUUGUAAGUUUCUAUAAGAUCCCCUCCCAAUCUCCUAAAUUCUAGAGAGUAUAAACCAAGUCUAUCCAGUCUUUCUUCAUAAGACAGUCCUGACAUCCCAGGAAUCAGUCUGGUGAACCUUCACUGCACUCUUUCUAUGGCAAUAAUGUCCUUCCUCAGAUUUGGAGACCAAAACUGUACGCAAUACUCCAGGUGUGGUCUCACCAAGACCCUGUACAACUGCAGUCGAACCUCCCUGCUCCUAUACUCAAAUCAUUUUGCUAUGAAAGCUAACAUAGCAAAGAAGAGAAGGCAGGAACGGGGUACUGAUUGGGGAUGAUCAGCCAUGAUCACAUUGAAUGGCUGUGCUGGCUCGAAGGGCCGAAUGGCCUACUCCUGCACCUAUUGUCUAUUGUCUAUAGUCAGACUUUACUGGCUGUAUCUGUACACUGUGGACGGCUCGAUUGUAAUCCAGCCUGAAUAAGGAUCCUGACCCAAAACGUCACCCAACCUUUUUCUCCAGAAAUGCCGCCUGAGCCGCUGAUCUACUCUGGCACUUUAUGUCUAUCCUUUGUAAUCAUUUCUAGUCCUUCUGCCGAUCGGACAGCACAAAACAAAAAGCUUUUCACUGUACCUCGGUACAUGUGACAAUAAACUAAACGGAACUAAACAAAGCUAAAUUGUCUUGCACGCAGCAGGGAGAACCCGUUAAUGAAUGAUGUUCUUCUUCUUCUUCUUGCAGUGUGGGCUCCCUUUCAGCGCUGAGUGUGUGUCUAACCCUGGCUGCUCUCCGCUGCCCGGACCCAGUCCAACUCUGCCUUCAGAAUACCUGCUCAGAGGCACCGGCAGUGACAAGCGGAAGAGGAGGGUAAGGCUCUUCCAAUUCCUCUUUGAGAUGUUGGAGGACCCACAAAUGAGCAACUGCAUCUGGUGGCUGCAACCCUUGGGAGGACUCUUCCAGUUCUCAUCCCAGAACAAGGAGAAGUUGGCGGAGAUCUGGGGCAGGAGGAAGGGCAACAGGAAGACCAUGACCUACCAGAAGAUGGCCCGGGCUUUGAGGAACUACUCCCGGACUGGUGAGAUCACCAAAGUGAAGAUGAAGCUGACCUACCAGUUCAACCAGCAGAUCAUCAGCCGACUUCGGAGAGGCAGCAGGAAGCCUCUCAGCUGCCCCUUCAUCCACUGACAAACUCGGUGACCCCCUGCAGCCCCUGGAGUCAAGGUGCCCCCUCUCCC